AGUAUUGGAUUCCUGUCACAGUCACUACGCCCAUGCCAACCGUUCAAGAGAAACGAAAGGUCAAUAUGGCCGCACGCAAUGUCACCCAAAUUUCUCAGGAAACCAUCACCUUUUAUUGCCGACGCACACCAUCCUCGAAAAAACAGCACUCUCUCUUCUUACAUACAAAUGGCAACAAUCUUGUAAUCCUCGAAUAAAAACAACAACCAUCUUUCUGCAUCUCUCUCUAAAAUUCUCCGAUGUCCAAACAGACGUACAGAGUUUGCUUCUGCUUUCGCAGGAGGUUCAAGCUAGCAGAGGCCGAGGUCCCGGAUGAGAUCAAGGCCUUGUUUGAUUUGUACUCGGAGAAUGGCAUCAUGACCGCUGAUCAAAUCCACAGGUUCUUGAUCGAGGUUCAAAAACAAGAAAAGGCCACUUUCGAGGAAGCACAAUCUAUUGUUGAAAGCCUCAAACAUUUGUCUCUUUUCCACCGUAAAGGGCUCCAUCUUGAGGCCUUCUUUAAGUAUCUUUUUGGCGAUACUAACCCUCCUCUUGAUCUUAAACUUGGGGUGCAUCAAGAUAUGACAGCACCCCUUUCACACUAUUUCAUAUAUACUGGCCACAAUUCAUAUCUAACUGGGAAUCAGCUUAGUAGUGAUUGCAGCGAUGUUCCCAUCAUAAAUGCUCUGAAAAAAGGUGUGAGGGUAAUUGAAUUGGAUAUAUGGCCAAAUUCUGAAAAUGAUGAUGUGGAGGUACUUCAUGGGAGGACUUUGACAACUCCGGUGCAACUUAUCAAAUGUUUGAGGUCAAUUAAUGAGUACGCUUUUACUGCAUCUGAAUUCCCCGUUGUUAUAACUCUAGAAGACCACCUUACUCCAGAUCUUCAGGCUAAAGUGGCUCGGAUGGUCACUCAAACAUUUGGAGACAUCCUGUUUACUCCUGGCUCAGAAUGCUUGAAGGAAUUCCCUUCCCCUGAGUCUCUGAAGAGACGGAUUAUCAUAUCAACAAAACCACCAAAGGAAUACCUUGAGGCGAAGAAUAUUAAAGAUAAAGAGAGUGAUUCCCAGAAGGGGAAUGCUGCUUCCGAUGAAGAAGCUUGGGGGAAAGAGAUCCCCAUUCUUUCUGAUGACAAGAAUGAAUCGGACAAAGAUGAUGAUGAUGAUGCAGAGGAAGAUCUUGAUGAAGGAGAUCACAAGUUGCAGCAUGAUAUAGCACCAGAAUACAAACGUUUGAUUGCUAUUCAUGCUGGGAAGCCUAAAGGUGGAUUACAUGAAUGUCUGAAAGUAGAUCCUGAUAAAGUGAGGCGUCUUAGCUUAAGUGAGCAACAGCUUGAAAAGGCUGCGGAAACCUAUAGAAAAGAAAUUGUCAGGUUUACCCAGCGGAAUAUACUCAGAGUGUAUCCAAAGGGUAUUCGUGUGAACUCAUCCAACUACAACCCACUAAUUGGAUGGAUGCAUGGUGCUCAAAUGGUUGCUUUUAACAUGCAGGGACAUGGAAGAUCACUCUGGUUGAUGCAAGGAAUGUUCAGAGCCAAUGGUGGGUGUGGAUUUGUGAAGAAACCAAGUUUUCUACUGAAGUCUGGUCCACAUGGCGAGGUGUUUGAUACCAAAGCUAAGUUACCUAAGCAAAAAACUUUGAAGGUGAAAAUAUACAUGGGUGAAGGAUGGUAUUAUGAUUUCCAUCACACACAUUUUGAUGCAUAUUCCCCACCAGAUUUCUAUGCGAGGGUUGGGAUUGCCGGGGUCCCUGCAGAUACUGUGAUGAAGAAAACGAAGACUCUGGAGGACAGCUGGAUACCUUAUUGGAAUGAGGAGUUUGAGUUUCCAUUAACAGUUCCAGAACUAGCUCUGCUUCGGAUUGAAGUUCAUGAAUAUGACAUGUCAGAGAAGGAUGACUUUGGAGGUCAAACAUGCCUUCCUGUAUGGGAGUUAAGAGAAGGGAUUCGAGCAGUUCCACUCCAUGACCGCAAGGGAGAGAGAUACAAAUGUGUAAAGCUCCUUGUGCGCCUUGAAUUUGUUUGAUACCAGUAGAAGUUCCACGCUAAGUAGAAAACUACGAAAGAGAGAAGUACAGUACAAAUCUGUGAAGUCCAUUUUGAUUUCUUUGUCGUUGUUGUGAGCUGGUGUGAUUAUGUGAUUUCUUUUAUUGCCGUGUGAACAUAACAGCAUCUGCCCGGUGCUUUUCUCUUGCU